AUGGCAGGUAACUUAUCAGCGGAAGAUGCGACAAGACUUGUUGAUUUCGUAAAUGAUAAGAUCCAGAGCAUUGAAGACCUACAGAGUUUGGAUACUCUUCUUCAGAGCCUCCAAGAGCAGCAAGAUAUCCAGAGACAGCAGCUACGGGAAGCGGAGGAGAUCCUCAAAAAUGCCACGAAGGCUUCGAAGGAACAUGCGGAGGCGGUUCGAAAAGAGGCAGAGGCAUUCAAACAACACCAGGCUGACAUAGACCGUCGCUUACUGGUUGUAACGCAAUCGGAACACAGUGAUGAGGCGGUUCGCAAAUUUGAAGAUAGCAUUGCUAGAUUACAGAGACUCGAUGUGUCUCAAGGCUAUCUGGAGCUGUUAAGCUCUGUUGAUCAACUGAAUAAGGAUGCGAUGAAAACCAUGAAAUCAUCCCCGCACGAUGCCUUGCGAUCAUAUGCGCAGCUUCGUUCCAUCGAGACGUCUAUAUCAACUGGCCAGGACACUGUUGAGGGAGCAACUCCGUACCUCCUUGACUAUGUGACGAAAGUCUCGGGAGGUUUAAAAGACUCCAUUCGUGUGGAAUAUACGGAUAAAUUACAAAAUAUUCUGGACAAAAUGAAGUGGCCCAUGAAGGAACUCCCAACGGAAUCGUUGAUUGAUGAAUGGAUGCGUUGGUGUGAUCUACUCCUAGAGUUCCAGGAACCUGAUCUUACGAGUGUCACAAUCAAAAAGGGCCCCGGAGACCAAUCCGAGUUGCCGAUUCUACUUCCCCUAGAAGUCAUGUCUCGGCCCCUAGAGCUUCGGUUUAAGUAUCACUUCAGCGGCGACAGACCUACAAAUAGGCUAGACAAGCCAGAAUACUUCAUGUCCCAUGUAUUGGAUUUGAUCAACACUCAUGCCGAGUUCUUUUCCACAUAUUUGCAACCAAUAUUGAAUAAGAGAGCACUCAAUGGCACCCCAUUGCUCCGGUCACUGUACUCGGAUGCCGUCUCGUCAUUUAUAUCCUCCCUUUUGCCAAUGGUACGGCAAAAAGCCUUGAGCUUACUGCCCACGGUAUCCAAGCACCCGCAAGCUUUCAGCCAUUUAAUUCAUGAAUUGAUGAAUUUUGAUAAUGAACUCAAGUCGUCCUGGUCUUAUCCAUCUAAUGCAAUGGAAGAAAAUGCAUGGAAGGGAAUAACCUGGGAAAUAUUAACAAAAGAGAGUUGGUUCUCUGAAUGGCUUCAGGUAGAGAAGAAUUUCGCCCUGGCAAGAUACCAAAGUAUCAUUGAUGCCGAAGAUAGCGGUGAAAUUGAUUAUGAUGGAGUAGCACCAACAGCAACCAAGCCGACAAAAGCAGCCCUCCGAGUUAAUGAUCUUCUGGAGAACGUCACGGAACUUUACCGACCAUUGUCGUCUUUUAGCCAGAAGCUUCGAUUUCUAAUCGAUAUCCAAAUCGCCAUCUUUGACUUAUUUCACGGAAGGCUACAUUCUGGCCUAGAAGCAUACCUUGCUAUGACAUCCGCCAUAGGACGCACGGUACAGGGUUCCUCAGCCGGCCAACCAAAUCUAGAUGGAGUCUCGGGUCUAGAAAGACUAUGCAGGAUAUUUGGGUCUGCCGAAUACCUUGAGAAGAAGAUGCAAGACUGGGGAGAUGACGUUUUCUUCCUCGAACUUUGGUAUGAGCUACAGGACCGGGUAGCAAGGCAAGGUCAGACCGGGAAGCCGGUGGCCGGCGCGCUAUCGGUGUCAGAGAUUGCAGCACGAACCUCAUCGUCGGUCACCAAUAACAACCAUGAUCACACCAGCGAUGCAGCGGAAGGUGCUCUAUUCGAUGAGACCGCCGCAGCAUACCGCCGCCUUCGAAUGCGAUCUGAAUCUAUAAUCCAAUCUACAAUAGCCUCGAACGUUCAGGCUUCCCUACGGCCGUAUUAUCAGGUGUCUACUUGGGCUUCUCUGCGCUCGUCUUCUGAUGACUCUAGCACUCCUACCACACCCUCACUGGACCUUGUGCAAACCCUACGCCUUCUCACUGCUGACUUUUCGUUUCUCUCCCGUACGCUAGCUAUUGCCCCAAGACGCCGCGUUGCUAACCACGUCCUACUCGCCAUUCAGACGUACAUUUGGGAUAGCAUACUGAUGCGGAACUCUUUCUCUACUUCUGGGGCGGCACAACUCUUCGUCGAUAUCUCCAAUAUCUGCGACACGGUGGAUACUGCUAUAGGUGUAAAGGCUGGUGAAGAACUCGCAGCUCGUACGAUGAAAAAGUUACGGGACGGGUUAUUCGUCCUGAACCUGGAAAUUAAAGCAGGAAAAGAUCAACCGCCAGACGCUAGUGAUGCUGCUGGUACGGCGCUUGGUUUAUGGGAAGCUGAAAAGAGGCUCUUUGCCAACAAUGAAAGCGCGCGAGGUGUUUUAUCCGAGCUUUGUAUAGAUACCUUGACUGAAGCUGAUGCAAGAUCAGUUUUGGAGAGAAGAGUUGAGGUUCGUAGUUAG